CGCAUACAACUGUACUAGAUAUUCGUUGUGUCAGCCUCAUGGCCAUACUUAUUAACAUGUCACCCACAUACCCAGCCUCUCCCUUACACUCCACCAUCAGUAUUCAAGCGGGGAAUCUUUGAUAGCCAAUCCGAUCUCCACCUGACACGCUACCAUGGCCCCUUCGAACAGCACCACCUUUCCUACCCCAAGUGUCACAUCCUCUGUGGACCAGCCACACAAACGUGUUUUCCCAUUCGCAGCGCUCAUUCUGCUUGCUUUUUGCAUCACAUACAUCGUUGGUUACCUUGUCUACCGUCGGAUCCUGAAUUAUUGGAGCGCUAGGCAAACCGCAGAGAAGGUGCAGAACUUCCCAAAUGAACUUUGUGAGAAGAAGCCGAGAGGACUACCUCGCUUCACAUGGAUACAGAGCAUAUGGAAGAGCAAGGCUGCCAGGGAAAACGCAGAGUCAGAGGCAUAUCAUUCCUUUUCGAGCUCCCCUGAUGGGAAAUCCCCCGUUUCGCCACCACCUGUAGCUGUGAUCACAGAGCACGCAUCCGGUGGUCCAACUAUCACCCAAUCGCACAAGGACGUUUGCGCUGCGUUUCCCAAGCGUAUUGCAAGAGCUGCUAGGGAGAAAGGGUUGCGAGUACUCUCGCGUGGUCGUGUAACAGAGAUCCAAGCUGAUCCUAAGCUCGCACCUGUGCAGGGGCCACUCAGGCCACUCUCGAUUUUGUCGUCAAAGAACAGGGUGAAAGAACGGGUUUCAUUCAAUUUGGUGUGAAGUCUUGGUUGACCGGCCAGUUCGUUUGUUUAUUCGUCAUUCGUUUGUUGUAUUUUGUUUGAUUUUAUUUUGUUCUAACACAAACCUCCAUCGACAUAAUCAUAACUCCGAGUCUUAAGCUUAAUCACUUUAGCAGCUGGAGAUAAUCUGUGUGCUACAUGCUGACCGGGACAGGUACAUCAACGCCAGGCCAAAUACAUUCAAUUUAUGUACCACUUCCUAUGCAAAGAUGGUAGUG